ACAUCCCUAUAAAUACUCCCUUUAUUUCGGUGGAACCUCAUCGUGGAGGACAGCUCCUUGAGAUCUGCUCGCUCGGAUCGCCCUCAACUGCAUUCUUCCUCUCUCUCAUUUUAACUUGUUUCAUCCGAGACCAAUUUGGUUCACUUCCUUCAAGGACUUAGGAUUUCGUUUUCUCGAUUGAUUUGCGAAAUUGGGGUUCAAUUUGGCUUGAUUUGAGCCAUCAGUCACAAAGAUGGGGCUGUCUUUCACUAAGCUUUUCAGUCGACUGUUUGCCAAGAAAGAGAUGCGUAUUCUUAUGGUGGGUCUUGAUGCUGCGGGUAAGACCACCAUUUUGUACAAACUCAAGCUAGGAGAGAUUGUCACUACCAUUCCAACCAUUGGAUUUAACGUGGAGACUGUGGAAUAUAAGAACAUUAGCUUUACUGUUUGGGAUGUAGGUGGUCAGGACAAGAUCCGUCCUUUGUGGAGACAUUACUUCCAAAAUACACAAGGUCUCAUCUUUGUGGUAGACAGCAAUGACCGAGACCGUGUUGUUGAGGCCAGGGAUGAGUUGCACAGGAUGUUGAAUGAGGAUGAACUAAGGGAUGCUGUGCUGCUUGUGUUUGCAAACAAGCAAGAUCUUCCGAAUGCAAUGAAUGCCGCUGAGAUCACUGAUAAACUUGGUCUUCAUUCCCUUCGUCAACGCCACUGGUACAUCCAGAGCACAUGUGCCACUUCUGGAGAAGGGUUGUACGAGGGACUGGACUGGCUCUCCAACAACAUCGCUAAUAAGGCAUAGAUGGUGUGCUCAUUUACGGUGACUUUUGAGUUGCAAUCAAAGUGUCGGAGUUAGAGAUGUCAUAAUCACUAUUUUAUUUCUUUUAAUGUUUUCAGAAAGGAGAUAUUCUUACUUGUUACCCCAUUAUCUGUUUACUCUGUGCAUGAUUAUACACUGAAAUUUAUUCUAUGUAGAUCCAGAAUAAUUCAGCGAAUUUACUCCUUUUAUCUUGCUUA